GGAACAACCAAGCAUCGCGUCCCACGCCGAAGCUGUGCCCACAGCUUCCUCUCCCAACAAAACCAGUCGCGGCACCACCAAAGCGUCCAGGCAGUGUCGUGAAUAGGUCAAUUGCAGUUGAAAAAUCAGCAGCAAUGGCGGAGACACUGAUGGAGGCUCCCAGGAGCUUGCUCAUCCAGCUGCGCCUGGCGAUACAGGAGAAAACGUCUCUUGCUAUCUCCGAGUCCGCAUGGUCGAUUGUCUGGUCUGGGAUUGCUUUGUUUGCUGUUUGGUAUAUGGCUGUUCGGGAGAACGACAAGCCCAUCCUCUAUCGAGUCCCGUCGCCGAAGGUUCCGGAGAACGCCGAGAUUCUCGAGGAGCCAGCUAUCAAGGUCUCUGGAUCUACCGCUGUUCAAUGCUAUGCGCCGGCUACAGGCCAGUUCCUCGGCUUCGCCAACCCUUCCUCCUCGAACGCUAUCGACCGUGCCAUUGAGCAAGCAAAGGCCGCCCAGGAGCAAUGGGCCACCACCUCGUUUCGCGAACGCCGGGCGGUUCUUAGAACCUUGCUUCAACAUGUACUUGACAACCAGGAGGAGAUCUGCCGCGUCGCCUGUCUCGACAGCGGUAAAUCCAUGGUCGACGCCCAGCUCGGCGAGAUCCUCGUCACGGCCGAAAAGCUCGAAUGGACCAUCAAGCACGGUGAAAAGGCCCUCCGCCCCUCCCGCCGCCCUACCAACCUUCUCAUGAGCUACAAGCGCAACACGGUCUACCACGAACCCCUCGGUGUUGUUGCGGCCUUGGUCAGCUGGAACUACCCCUUCCACAACUUCAUCGGCCCCGUCAUCUCGGCUCUCUUCUCCGGCAACGGCAUCGUCGUCAAGGUCUCUGAGCAAACCGCCUGGUCAUCCGGUUACUUCACCUCGAUCGCGCGAGGUGCUCUCGUCGCACACGGGCACAACCCCUCCCUGAUCCAAACGGUAGUCUGCUGGCCCCAAACCGCCUCCCAUCUGACCUCCCACCCUGGAAUCUCCCACAUAACCUUCAUCGGCUCCCGCCCCGUCUGCCACAAGGUCGCCGCCUCUGCCGCGAAGGCCCUCAUCCCCGUGGUGGCUGAACUCGGAGGGAAGGACGCCUCCAUCAUCCUCGAUUCCUUGCCCGACCGUGACGUCCCCCGCGUGGUUGAAACCCUGCUGCGAGGCUCCUUCCAGGCAGCGGGACAAAACUGCAUCGGCAUCGAGCGCAUCAUCGCCACCCCGGGCAUCUACGACAGACUUGUUUCCCUCCUCGAACCUCGCGUCAAAUCCCUCCGCCUAGGCCAAGACAAGGACGUGGGCGCCAUGAUCUCGGACGGCUCCUUCUCCCGCCUCGAAUCGCUCAUCUCGGAAGCCGUCUCCAAGGGGGCGAGACUGCUGGCCGGCGGGAGGAGGUACACCCACCCUGACCACCCCAAGGGUCACUACUUUACUCCCACUUUGCUGGUCGACGUGACUCCCGACAUGGCCAUCGCCAACGAGGAGUGUUUUGCCCCUGUGAUGACGGUGAUGAAGACGCCCUCCGACAGGGUGGAGGAUAUCCUCUCGGUAGCCAACGCUCCCGAUUUCGGGCUGGGAAGUUCUGUUUUUGGAGGGGAGACGGACCCGAGAAUACCGGUGAUUGUGAAGAAGAUCAAGGCGGGAAUGAUCGCGGUCAACGACUUUGGGGCUACGUACGCGGUGCAGCUACCUUUUGGCGGGGUGGCGGGCAGUGGGUACGGGAGGUUUGCCGGGGAGGAAGGGUUGAGGGGGUUGUGCAAUGUCAAGUCGGUGUGUGAGGAUCGGUUUGGGGCUUGGUGGUGGUUUGGGGGGGUGAGGACGAGUAUCCCGCCUGCGAUGAGGUAUCCUGUGAACGACCAAGAAAGGAGCUCGAGGUUUGCUAGGGGGGUGGUGGAGAUGGGGUACGCUCCGGGGUGGGGGAGGAAGCUGGCGAAGGGGUUGGGAAAUAUUAUGGGGAACAUGUGAGAAGGUGACGGGUGAGGCCAAAGGGAGGGUAAGGUGUGAGAUAGGUGUCUGAAUAAUAAUGAUAUUUCAAGUUAAGUGUCAAACGAGUAGCUCGUUUCGGGUGAUGGCAUUUCCCAGUCACAUCGGGCAUCACACACUGGCCAAGACAUUUUGUAUUCACG